UUUUCAAAGAAAAUGGAUGAUCAUCGCUUAGCUGGAAAUCAAGAUUAGUUCUGAUGAAAAGAAGCUUGGCUGAGCUCAAGACAAUGGUUCGAAUUGUAUACAGUGUAUUUAAACAUGACAUUGUGUAUUAAUGACCGCUUUUUCGUAGAAGAAAAAAAUUGAAAUGCGUAGACAUUAUAACAAUUUGUAAUGGCAUUAUUUGAAAUAAUUACAAACUAUCGAAGUAUCAAAUACGUGUUCUCGCCCGGAGUUUAGGUGAAAAUUAUCAUAAUCAGAAUGUACGAGGUAAACGUUUAUCUCAAGUCCUAGGAUGGCUUUAGGAAAUUUUCAAAGCAUCCUAGCUGCUUGGUUUUUGUGCAGUAGCAUUAGCCUUUGCUAUGGCUCACCUACAUUACUUUUUGCUACUCAUAAGGAUAUAAGAAUGGCCAAUGUUUCACGAGCAAAUAAAGUUUACACGAUUGUCAAAGAUUUAUCUGAAGGUGCUGCUCUGGAUUUUUAUUAUGAACGUGGUUUAGUGUGUUGGUCUGAUAGUGGUUUAGAAAUGAUACAAUGUGUCCCUUCAAAUGGUACAUAUACAGGUGAAAAAAUGACUGUUGUAAAUUCAAGUUUGAUAUCUCCAGAUGGCCUGGCAUGUGAUUGGUAUACUGGUAAACUUUAUUGGACAGAUGGAGAAAAGAAUAGAAUUGAAGUGACUAGUAUUGAUGGACAACAUAGAAAAGUUCUUUUUUGGACUGAUAUUUAUCAACCUCGUGCAGUUGCACUUGCACCUAUGAAAAGUAUACUUUUUUGGACUGACUGGGGAGAUGUACCAAAGAUAGAAAGAGCAGCAAUGAAUGGAGAUCCAACUACUCGUGAAGUCAUUGUUUCUGAUGAUAUAUUCUGGCCAAAUGGACUUACAGUUGAUUAUGAGAAUGAGUUAGUAUUUUGGGCAGAUGGUAGACUCAAAUUUAUUGCUGUUAUGGAUUAUUAUGGCAAAAAUAGAAGAAAAGUUAUCAGUCAAGGCUUAGAUUAUCCAUUUGCAGUCACGUAUUUUGAUAAUCGACUUUAUUGGACGGACUGGAAAACAUGGUGUGUACAUGCACAUGAUGUGCGACAAAUACAAGCACAUCCUCGGGAGUUAUUCCACGGAGAAUAUAUACCAGGUGACAUAGAAGUUUGGGAUGCACGAAGACAACCAUACGGAGAUCAUCCAUGCAGACAAAACAAUGGUAAUUGUUCCCAUCUAUGUUUGCUAAGCACAAAGGAUCCUGGAUAUACAUGUGCUUGUCCAACGGGUGUAAAACUUUUAGAUAAUUUUACUUGUGCCGAAAGACCAGAAGAGUUGCUUCUCAUAGUUCAAAGAAACGAGAUUUGUAAAAUAUCUCUUGAUUCUCCUGAUUACACAAAUUUUGUUUUACCAUUAAGUGAUAUUAAACAUGCAAUUGCAGUAGACUUUGAUCCAGUAGAUGAAAUGUUAUAUUGGACAGAUGAAGAGGCUUUUGCCAUUAGAAGAGCUUAUCUUGAUGGAUCAGGUCAAGAAAAUAUUGUUACAACAGAAGUAGCAAAUCCAGAUGGAAUUGCUAUAGAUUGGUUAGCACGCAACUUAUAUUGGACUGAUACAGGUACUGAUAGAAUUGAAGUUGCCCGUUUAAAUGGCACUAGCAGGAAGGUUCUUAUUAAUGAAGAUCUGAUAGAACCUAGAGCCAUAGCUGUAGCUCCUGAACUUGGAUGGAUGUUCUGGACUGACUGGAAUGAAAAACGACCAAAGAUAGAACGCAGUAAUUUGGAUGGUAGUGAAAGAAUAAUUUUAAUUACAAAAGACAUUGUUUGGCCAAAUGGUAUUGCAUUAGAUUUGGAAAGAAAAAAGAUUUAUUGGUGUGAUGCUAAAACAGACAAAAUAGAAGUUUGCAAUAUGGAUGGCACUGAUAGACGUGAAGUUAUUACUGAUAAUCUGCCUCAUCUAUUUGGACUUAGUUUAUUGGGUGAUUUUCUUUAUUGGACUGACUGGCAACGACGUAGUAUUGAUAGAGCUCAUAAACUUACUGGUGGUGAAAGAGAAGUUAUUGUUGAACCAGUUCCAAAUGUAAUGGGAUUGAAAGCUAUACAUCUUGGCCAAAUAAAUGGUACAAGUCCUUGUGCGCAUAACAAUGGUGGUUGUAGUCAUUUGUGUUUAAAUAGACCUGAUAAAUAUGUAUGUGCUUGUCAAAUUGGAUAUGAACUUACAAAAGAUAAACAUACCUGUGUAAUACCAGAUGCUUUUCUAUUGUUUGCAAAGAAAGAAAAUAUUGGACGCGUUAGUAUUGAAAAUGCCAAUAAUGAUAAUAUUAUACCUGUUACAGGUGUUAAAGAUGCAAGUUCUUUGGAUUUUGAUUUGAAAGACAAUCGCAUUUAUUGGACAGAUGUAAAAGUAAAAGCUAUAACACGUGCUUUUAUAAAUGGUUCUGAUGUAGAAAGAGUUGUAGAUCUUGGAUUAGAAAUUCCUGAGAGUUUAGCUAUUGAUUGGAUUGCCCAUAAUUUAUAUUGGAGCGAUACUGGUACACACAGGAUUGAAAUGGUACGGUUUAAAGGAUGUAGUAGACGGGUGCUUAUAUGGCAAGAUAUAAUCGAACCCGCAUGUUUGGCUCUUGAUCCUGAAAGAGGUCACAUGUAUUGGGCUGAUUGGGGUAAUUCCGGUAGUAUCGAACGUGCAAGAUUAGAUGGAUCUAAUCGUCAAGUAAUAUUAGCUUAUAUCGGUCGAGCUAAUGGCCUUACCAUAGAUCAUGCAGCUCGUAAACUUUAUUGGGCAGAUCUAUUCACACCAGCAAUUGAUAGUUAUGAUUUACAAGCAAGAAAGAGAAAGCCCAUUAUUACAAAAGAUAUAGUAUAUCCAUUUAGUAUUACUCAAUAUCAGGAUUAUAUUUAUUGGACCGAUUGGAAUAUUGGUGAUAUUGAAAGAGCAAAUAAAACAACAGGUGCUAACAGAACUAAAAUACAUAAUAAAUUAGAAUCAGUGACAGAUCUGCUAGUUUUUCAUGCUUCACGACAAUCGGGAUGGAAUCCAUGUGCAGUUAAUAAUGGGGACUGCAGUCAUCUUUGUAUUGCUUUACCUGGAGAAGAUGGUGGUCCAUCAACUUCAUACAAAUGUUCUUGUCCUACACACUAUAAUCUUGCAGUUGAUAAUAGAACUUGUAUUGCACCAAGACAUUUUAUGAUAUAUAGCCUUCGUAACAUAAUGGGUCGCUUUUUGCCAGAUAGUACGGAUUGUCCAGAUAUAGUAAUGCGCGUACAAGGAUUAAAAAAUGUUCGUUCUAUAGAAUUCGAUCCAAUUACACAACACGUAUAUUGGAUAGAUGGGCGCAAUUUAUCUAUAAGAAAGACUCUUGAUAACAGAACUCAUGCUAGUGUAGUUAUAUCCGGCGGAUCAGGACAUCCAUUUGAUUUAGCAUUAGAUCCACUUGGAAGAUUACUCUUUUGGUCUUGUGCUACGAAUGAUGCAAUUAAUGUUACUAAACUGGAUAAUGGUUCUGCCUUAGGAGUAGUUGUAAAGGGCGAAGGAGAAAAACCAAGAAAUAUAGCAGUACAUCCAGAAAAAAGACUUUUGUUUUGGAUAGAUAUAGGAGACAAAAUGAAAUUGCUACAAAGCAAAAUGGAUGGAAAACAAAGAGUGAUAAUAGCAUCUGAUCUUGAACAACCAACUAGUCUAACAGUUGACACUGUAGCAAAUAUAGUAUAUUGGGCCCAUGGUAAACAAAUUGAAUUUUCUGAUUUUAAUGGUAAUAAUAAAAGAAUAUUAGUAUCAACUGGACAAGGUGUUGCUACUCACUUGUCUGUUCUAUAUGAUUACCUUUACUGGUUUGAUCGCGAAAUGCAAGUAUUAGAAAGAGUAAAUAAAAAAACAGGCAUUAGAAAAAAAGUUCUUAUGAAUCGUGCCCUAACAGAUUUAAUAACUGUCAGAACACCAGAAGAUCAUAUAAUGGAAUCACACGUUUGCAGUCCUUUCCACGAUUAUGGCGGUUGUUCGCAUUUUUGUAUUGGUACAACUUCACCAAUUUGUUCUUGUCCCGAAUACUUAGUUUUAUCCGAUGAUGAGCGUACAUGCAGAGCUGCACCUGCAUGUGGUGACGAUCAUUUUACAUGUGCUGCUUCAAGUUCUACAGUUGAUAAAGAUUGUAUUCCAGCUAUUUGGAAAUGUGAUGGUCAAAGGGAUUGUUCUGAUGGAAGUGAUGAAUUAGGUUGUCCAGCAUGUAAUCAUAAUCAAUUUAGAUGUCAAAGUGGUCACUGUAUCGAUAUUUCGUGGGUAUGUGACGGUACACCACAAUGCCAUGAUGGUCUUGAUGAAGCACAUUGCUGUAGAACUGGACAAUUUCAAUGUAUCGGAAGUGGUGUGUGCAUUUCUGAAACUGCACUUUGUAAUGGUUGGGAUGAUUGUGCAGAUGGAAGUGAUGAAAUACCUCAAACAUGUACGCCUACUACUGAUCAAAGCCAAUCUUCUGGUUCUGGUACAGAACCAACCAAAAGUCCAUAUGUUAUCACAGUAGUUAUAAUGAUAGCUGCAAUUAUUGCCAUAGUUUUAGGCUUUUGUUAUUAUCGUAAAAAGUUCGGUAGUAAUGAAGAUGUACCAAAUAUUUUACAUGAUUCUGCUGGUGAUCCACUUUCACCAAAACCAAAUAGAGUUGUUAAGCCAAUAUUAGCACAAAAAAAUGGUAGAAAAGAUCUCAAAACUGAAGUAGAAGCUGUAAGAAUGUCUGCUUUAAAUGGAAGCAGUAUUGGAUCUAGUUAUGAUCGUAGUCAUAUAACAGGUGCAUCUAGUUCAACCAGGGGCAGUUCCACUGGUGGAUAUCCUCAAGAAACGCUUAAUCCUCCACCUAGUCCAGCCACAACAGCAAAUUCUACAAGAUGUUCAAGCAGUAAUGCUUCUAGAUACAAACCGUAUAGAUAUUACAGGAGUAUAAAUCAACCACCACCUCCAACACCUUGCAGUACUGAUGUUUGCGAUGAAUCAGAUAGUAACUAUCCUGCUCGGUAUCGUUACGAAAGUGAACCAUUUCCUCCACCUCCUACACCGAGAUCUAUCUAUCAUAGCGAUGCUGCUAUGAGUUGUCCACCAUCGCCUAGUUCUCGAUCAUCGACAUAUUUCAGUCCAUUACCACCGCCACCAUCACCAGUUCCAUAAGGUAUGUUAUAAUGAAUAUAAUAUGGAACAAAUAUGAGAUAAAUAUGGAUGAAUAUUUUAAAUUUUUUAUAAAAACACAAAUCUAUUUAUGAAUUUAUUUUAGAUAUGUAGUAUUCUCUUCCAAAAAAAAAAAAAAAUCGGCAGCUAAUUAUUUCAUUAGAUUAUUAACUUCAAACGUCCAUUUUUAUGCUCCCUCAUUUUUUUAUCAUGUUACUCUUAUACAAAUUCUUUUACAUAUUUUAAGAUGAGUUUUUAAUUAAUGACUAAAGAUUAUAAAAAAAGAUAAUGGUUGCAUACACAAUAUUUUUUCUAAAGUAGAAAUUGUAGACAUAUUUGUCGUUUAUACUAGAAACGUGCAAAGUUAAUUUACAUUGCCAAUUGUUUCUUAUCUUUACUCCUUCUUUUAUUUCUCCUUAGCAGAUUCUUCCUUCUACCAUAUUAAUACUCUCCAGCAUUUGUUCACUAUUGUUACAUUGCUACACUACGAUAUUAUCAUGUUUGUCUAUAAAUGAAGUUUAUUAAUAAUUAUAAUAUUUAAAAACGCUGGAGAAAAGUAAACAUACUUGAAUGGGGAUAAUUAAAUAACAGUAGCGGGAGAAUCAUUUCUCCUUUUACAAAAAGUUUGCACGUCUCUGGUUUACAUAAUAUUGAAUACUAUAUUCUAUAUAGAUUCUAUAAAUACCAUUUUCAGGUAUUCUUUUAUAAAUAAUAAUAUGAUUAAAUUAUAUUUUAUCAAAUGUUACAUUUCUCUAGAAAAUGUGGUACAUAUAUGUGAUGCAACACACAUAUUAUGUAUUUGGUUUAUUUGAAAAGUCUAAGUACGUUUUUCAGUUAUUAGCAUAUAAACCCAUUGUGCCUAUUUACUAUGGUUAUCUACAUAUAUACUACAUAUAAUUUAGGAGGUUUAAAUGCAGUAAUGUAUACGUACUGUGAAAAUGUGCAAAUGCUUGUACAAAUAUUUUGAUAAAAUGUGUUAAGUAUAUUCAUAUUAUUUUGUAAAAAUGUAUAUUUUUUUCUAAACCUGAAAAUAAUACUCACAGUUAAAAUUCAAUAAUGUUUUUAUCCAAGUAGAUAAUAUUUUUUCUUUUCUAUAUUAUGGUAUAUAAUUUUAUUAUUAUUUUGUUAAUUAUGACAUUAUUAUUUUUAUUCUAUAUAGUUAAGUAUAUGUAUAUACACUUGUACAUAUACAUAUACAGCAUUAUAUUUUAUUACUCUUAAGCACAUUCACAUGUUUUUUAUGUACGGUAGAAUUCAACCAAAGGCUGCAUUAUAUAUUUUAUUAUUCAUUUUAUGAUCAGAGAUCUCUGUUCUUUUAUAGAAAGUCUUAACUUCUGAUACAUGUACAUAAGUAUAUAUUAUUAAACAUAUAAUUUGAAAUAAUAAACAUAUCAGGUUUUGAAGUAAUUUAAACAGGCAGCAUGCAAGCAUUACUUGAUAUCUACGUUAAUAAGCUAAUAAUAUCAAAAGUAUUUUAAGUAAUAAAAGCCUAAUAAAACUUGCAAAAUAUCUAAAUAUAAAUUGAACCAUGUUAUAGUAGUUUGUACAUACAUGAUAAGAAUGCAUGAACGAAAUAUCAAAUAUAUCGUAACAGUAAAACAAUUGCAAAUGAAAAACCAUUUAGUAGUUAUGUAAUAUUCAAGAAAAUUUUUCUCUGUACUGUAAUAUGUAAAUAGAAAAAUUUCAACUUAAUACAUCAUAAAUAUAUUUGAAUAUUCGUUAAAUAUUUUGAGGUCUGAUGUAUGUGAAAUAUGUGUAAUAAUGAUUACAUUACGUAAAAUUUUAUCCGAUGUACACAUCGUCCACUUCAUUGUUCCUGUAAAUGUAGCUCAAUUAGAAAAUUGUGCCAUAAUCAUUUAAAUAUUAUCAUUAUAAUGUAUAGCACAAUUAUCGAAUCCUGUAUAAAAUAUAUUAAGAGUCUUAAAGGUUCUGACCUCGCACUGCCAUUUUACAUUGCCUUGAAGGAAUCUAUCGUAUUAUAUUAAUAAUGUCUAGUAUUGAAGACUGAAAUCAUUGUUUAUAUUUUUUUUACAUUUGUAUGAAAGUAUAGCGCUGUAUGUUUGUAAGAUAUUUGUACAAAAAAUAAAAUUUUUAUUAAUGUAUUUUAAAUUAAUGAAA